UCGAAAAUAAAGAUCCCAAACCGUUAAAAAAAAUAUCAAUCAUGAAAUUCAUCAUUGCUUUCUUUGUUGCCACUUUGGCAGUUAUGACUGUUUCAGGUGAAGAUAAAAAACAUGAUUAUCAAAAUGAAUUUGAUUUCUUAUUGAUGGAACGUAUUCAUGAACAAAUUAAAAAAGGUGAACUUGCAUUGUUCUAUCUUCAAGAACAGAUUAAUCAUUUUGAAGAAAAACCAACAAAAGAAAUGAAAGAUAAAAUUGUAGCCGAAAUGGAUACCAUUAUUGCUAUGAUCGAUGGUGUACGUGGUGUACUUGAUCGUCUUAUGCAACGUAAAGAUUUAGAUAUUUUUGAACAAUAUAAUCUUGAAAUGGCUAAAAAAUCUGGUGAUAUUUUGGAACGUGAUUUGAAAAAAGAAGAAGCACGUGUUAAAAAGAUUGAAGUUUAAUUUAAUUGAAUUAAAAAUUUUCUUGAUUUUUUUCUUGUUGCCUUCAUCAAUUGACAAAUAAAAAUGAAUAAAGAAUUUUGAAAUAAAUUUUUUCUCCCCCCUUUUCA